CAACUGUUGUCGUCCAUAGCUCUAGCUCGCAGCCAUGAAGGUCUUGGCGGCAUUUUUAGUAUUUCUCGGAGUCGCACUCGCGUGUGACUUUGACGAGUAUGACUGCGGUACGGGGAACGGGUACUGUAUCCCCUCCACAUGGGAGUGUGACGGCUGGGACGACUGUACGGACGGGGUCGACGAGUCCAACUGUCUCGCUGGUGGUGGAGGCACCGGUCCUGCGGAACAUAAUUGCAUUGCGGCCCACCAGCACACAUGUGAUAACGGCGGCUGUGUGCCUCUGAACUGGGUGUGUGAUGGCGACAACGACUGUGGCGACUACAGUGACGAACAGAACUGUGCUGGCGGCGAUCCAGGUCCAUUGACCCCCACUCAGUGCUCCAGUACCCAGUUCGAGUGUGAUAACGGUCACUGCAUCUAUAGCAACUGGGAGUGUGACGACUACGACGACUGUGGUGAUAACAGUGACGAACAGAACUGUCCUGGCGUCGACCCAGGCCCAACUCCGUGCGCUAGCAACCAGUUCCAGUGUGAUAACGGCCAGUGCACGUACAGUUCGUGGGUUUGUGAUGGUGAUAACGACUGUGGAGAUAACAGUGACGAACAGAACUGUCCUGGCGUCCCAGAUCCCGAUCCCGUCCCCACGGGAUGUUCCAGUGACCGGUUCGAGUGCGAUAACGGCCGCUGUAUCCUGGCGAACUGGGAGUGUGACGGUUAUGACGACUGCGGGGACAACAGCGACGAGGAACACUGCUCCGGCGGCGGAGGUAUCAUCAGUCCAGUUGUGAACCCUGAGACCCCCUGUGGUGGUCAGCUGAAGGAGGAUGCUGGGAUCGUAACCCAUCUGAACUAUGACAACAGCAUGGACUGUGAGUGGAAGAUCUCCGUCUCCCCUGGCAACUACGUCUACAUGGAGUUCACUCAGUUUGAGCUGGAGAAUCCCAGCUCCAGUACCGGGACCUGCCGCUAUGACUACUUGGAAAUCUACGACGGCCUCUCUGACAGCGCGCCUCUCCUGGUUACACUGUGCGGGGACGAGCGGCCCAAGCCCAUCCAAAGCACGGGGAACCGCGUGAAGCUCGUGUUUAAGAGCGACGGAAGCCUCACUAAGGACGGGUUUGAGAUGCGUUACUACGCCGUGGAUGACGGUACGGGGUCUGGGGAGGGGAGCGGCUCUACUGUGGUGGACGCACGCGACAUGGAUGCCUUCAUCUUCUAAACAACUUAACUACACGGGUUAUUUCUCUGUAGCCAAAGAAACAACAGGAGAGG